AACACAAUCUCCACUCAAGGAUCAAUACACCACCACUUGCUAUACAAAUCCACUUUGCUAGCUCUCCUUGCAGUUCCAACCGCAAUGGCUGCCACAAGAACCAGUCUUCUCGCCCUGGCUGCGAUGGCCGUCGUCAUAAGCACCGCGUCCGCGGCGAUCUACAACGUCGGCGAGCCCGGCGGAGCUUGGGACCUCGGCACCAACUACGACGCAUGGGCGUCCUCCAGGAACUUCCAUACCGACGACCAGAUCAUGUUCAAGUACUCCCCUCAGGCGCACAACCUCCUCCAAGUCAGCAAAGCAGACUACGACUCCUGCAACACCGCCAGCCCCCUCGCCACCUAUACCUCUGGGAAUGUUAUUGUCACCCUCUCCAACAACAGCACCCGAUACUUCAUCUGCGGUUUCCCUGGUCAUUGCGCGGGCGGUAUGAAGGUUAAGAUUAUUGUCACCUCUACGUCACCCGCCCCGGCCAGCGGCCCAAGUGCAAGCAACGCUCCCCCGGCGACACCUGCUUCCGCUGCCACCAAUGUGAAGGUGACGGGGUUCGGUCUCGCCGUUUUGCUUGCCGUUGCCGGCCUCAUGGCUUGAGUGCAUCUCUAUAUAGUCGCAGGCACAUGUGUAUUUUAUGUACAUAUUCAAGUAAUUAUUACUAGCAA